AUGACUACCAUUCCAUUAACAACUACCCCACCAACCGCAAUUACCAUCACUACACCAAUUACAACAACACCCCCACCAACAACAACCACCAUUCCCUCAACAACUACCCCACCAACUACAAUACCCACCACUACACCAAUUACAACAACCCCACCAAUUACAACCACCAUUCCCUCAACAACUACCUUACCAACCACAGAAACCACCACUGCACCAGCUACAACAACCACACAAAGCACAACUACCAUUCCCUCAACAACUACCCUACCAACCACAAUAACCACCACUACACCAGCUACAACAACCACACAAAGCACAACUACCAUUCCAUUAACAACUACCCCACCAACCGCAAUUACCAUCACUACACCAAUUACAACAACACCCCCACCAACUACAAUCACCAUUCCAUCAACAACUACCCCACCAACUACAAUAUCUGCACAAAGCAAAACUACCAUUCCCUCAACAACUACCCUACCAACCACAAUAGCCACCACUACACCAACUACAACAACCCCGCCAACUACCACCACCAUUCCCUCAACAACUACCCCACCAACUACAAUAACCACCACUACACCAACUACAACCACCAUUCCCUCAAAAACUACCCCACCAAUUACAAUAACCAUCACUACACCAGCUACAACAACCACACAAAGGACAACUCCCAUUUCCUCAACAACUACCCCACCAACUACAACCACCAUUUCCUCAACAACUACCCUACCAACCACCGAAACCGCCACUACACCAGCUACAACAACCCUGCCAACUACAACCACCAUUCCCUCAACAACUAUUCCACCAACUACAAUAUCUACACAAAGCAAAACUACCAUUCCCUCAACAACUACCCUACCAACCACCGAAACCACCACUACACCAACUACAACAACCACACAAAGCACGACUAUCAUUCCCUUAAAAACUACCCUACCAAACACAAUAACCACCACUACACCAGCUACAACAACCACACAAAGCACAAAUACCAUUCCCUCAACAACUACCCUACCAACCACAAUAGCCACCACUACACCAACUACAACAACCCCGCCAACUACCACCACUAUUCCCUCAACAACUACCCCACCAACUACAAUAACCACCACUACACCAACUACAACCACCAUUCCCUCAACAACUACCCCACUAAUUACAAUAACCACCACUACACCAACUACAACCACCAUUCCCUCAACAACUACCCCACUAAUUACAAUAACCAUCACUACCCCAGCUACAACAACCACACAAAGGACAACUCCCAUUUCCUCAACAACUACCCCACCAACUACAAUAACCACCAUUCCCUCAACAACUACCCUACCAACCACCGAAACCACCAUUACACCAGCUACAACAACCCUGCCAACUACAACCACCAUUCCCUCAACAACUACCCCACCAACUACAAUAACCACCACUACACCAACUACAACCACCAUUCCCUCCACAACUACCCCACCAAUUACAAUAACCAUCACUACCCCAGCUACAACAACCACACAAAGGACAACUCCCAUUUCCUCAACAACUACCCCACCAACUACAACCACCAUUCCGUCAACAACUACCCCACCAACUACAACCACCAUUCCCUCAACAACUACCCCACCAACUACAACCACCAUUCCGUCAACAACUACCCCACCAACUACAACCACCAUUCCCUCAACAACUACCCUACCAACCACCGAAACCGCCACUACACCAGCUACAACAACCCUGCCAACUACAACCACCAUUCCCUCAACAACUACCCCACCAACUACAACCACCAUUCCCUCAACAACUACCCCACCAACUACAACCACCAUUCCGUCAACAACUACCCCACCAACUACAAUAACCAUCACUACACCAGCUACAACAAUCACACAAAGCACAAAUACCAUUCCCUCAACAACUACCCUACCAACCACAAUAGCCACCACUACACCAACUACAACUACCCCACCAACUACAAUAACCACCACUACACCAACUACAACCACCAUUCCCUCCACAACUACCCCACUAAUUACAAUAACCAUCACUACACCAGCUACAACAACCACACAAAGGACAACUCCCAUUUCCUCAACAACUACCCCACCAACUACAACCACCAUUCCCUCAACAACUACCCUACCAACCACCGAAACCGCCACUACACCAGCUACAACAACCCUGCCAACUACAACCACCAUUCCCUCAACAACUACCCCAACAUUUACAAUAACCACACAAAGCAUGACCACAAUUCCCUCCACAGCUACCCCGCCAACUACAAUACCCACCACUACACCAGCUACAACAACCACACAAAGCAAAACUACCAUUCCCUCAACAACUACCCUACCAACCACCGAAACCACCACUACACCAGCUACAACAACCCUGCCAACUACAACCACCAUUCCCUCAACAACUACCCCAACAUUUACAAUAACCACACAAAGCAUGACCACAAUUCCCUCCACAGCUACCCCGCCAACUACAAUACCCACCACUACACCAGCUACAACCACACAAAGCAAAACUACCAUUCCCUCAACAACUACCCCACCAACCACCGAAACCACCACUACACCAGCUACAACAACACAAAGCACGACUACCAUUCCCUUACAAACUACCCUACCAACCACAAUAACCACCACUACACCACCUACAACAACCCCAACAACUAAAACCACCAUUCCCUCAACAACUACCCUAUCAACUACAAUAACCACCACUACACCAACUACAACCACCAUUCCCUUAACAACUAACCCACCAACUACAAUAACCACCACUACACCAGCUACAACAACCACACAAAUCACAACCAUUCCCUCAACAACUACGCCACCAACAACAACCACCACCAUUACACCAGCUACAACAUCGACACAAAGCAGUACCACCAUUCUGUCAACAACUACCCCACCAACUACAAUAACCACGACUACACCAACUACAAUGACCCCACCAACUACAACCACCAGUCCCUCAACAACUACCCCACCAACUACAAUAACCACCACUACCCCAACUACAACAACCCCACUAACUACAACCACCAUUCCAUCAACAACUACCCCACCAACUACAAUAACCACCACUACACUAACUAAUACAACCCCACCAACUACAACCACCAUUCCCUCAACAACUACCCCACCAACCACCGAAACCACCACUACACCAGCUACAACAACACAAAGCACGACUCAGUACCACCAUUCUGUCAACAACUACCCCACCAACUACAAUAACCACGACUACACCAACUACAAUGACCCCACCAACUACAACCACCAGUCCCUCAACAACUACCCCACCAACUACAAUAACCACCACUACCCCAACUACAACAACCCCACUAACUACAACCACCAUUCCAUCAACAACUACCCCACCAACUACAAUAACCACCACUACACUAACUAA